CUUCUCAGUGGCUUUCCUCCAACCCUGUGGUGUUACUGUGAGUCACGGCGCAGCGGUCAGGGCGGCGCCUCCCUAUAAAGCUCCUGCUGCUCCUGCUGCUCCUCCACUCCUCCGUUAACUUCUGCUUCUCGUCUGCCGGACUCGUCUCUGCCGUGAGAACCUUCCAGCACCAUGCCUUCAGAACUGGAGAACGCCAUGGAGUCCCUCAUCAAGGUGUUCCACCGCUACGCCAAGGACAGCCGGCUCAGCCGGCGGGAGCUCCGGGAGCUGAUGGAGAACGAGCUCUCCAACUUCCUGAAGGCUCAGAAGGACCCCGCCGCCGUAGACAAGAUCAUGAAGGACCUGGACGCCAACGGGGACGGCCAGGUGGACUUUGAGGAGUUUGUUUCUCUGGUUGUGGGACUGUCGGUGGCCUGUGAGCAGUGUUACCAGAUGCAGAUGAAGAAGACGGGCAAGAAGUGAAAGAAGAAACCAGAACGCAUUUCAAGUUUUUGUAAAGAUUGUUGUAUCCAUUAAAUCCUCUGGAGAAAGCG